AUCGUCGUCAUCUCCGUCGAAACAAAUUGAUAGAGGCAUGACUAAGUGCUCGGCAAAUGGGAGUGUCCUCCUUAUCAAAGAGAUAUAUUGUGAACGGCCAAGUCCGCGUGUAUGCACGUCGAAAACGGGGCAUUAUUACAAAAUAGCAGCGAACGAGCUAGCACAGCACGCGGCCGACGACGUUCGAAAAUACGUUUUCCGUGAUAAACCGCGCGACCGGAAGUGGUGUGUUAACGCCGUGUCGCAAUCGUGGUCGUGGGGCGUUUUCGCCGACGAGGAGGACAUGUCGCAUUACCGGAGCGUCAGCGCCUGGCUGAAGGAGAUACGUUCCCGGGCCGAGUACUACGAGCCGAUCGCGAUUUUCUCGACGUCGUCUUCAGAGGGUGCGGACCUCGACGGGGAUGACGUCCACCGGGACCUGGGGGAGGUGAGGUUCGGCGAGGAGCGCUGCGUGUCCGUCGUCUUCGGCGAGACGACGGAGGAGCUGAGGGUUGAGCCGGUGCUCUACGAGAGCGCGGAGUGGGACGCGGCCGAAGACGUGAUGCUGUGGAGGCAGGAGCUGAGGUUCGAUUGCGAGGAGGAGGAGAGCGUCCUGGAGAACGAGGAAUUCAUCAAUUCCAUAAAGAUCGAAGAUGAUGCCCCGCACUCCUUCCCGAAGCCCCAGAAGUUCCCAGUGCUGGAGGACCCUGUGGUGGUGAGGAAGAAGACUCUCCCUAACGCUGUCAGGGCCAAAACUCUAAACUGCGACAUAUCCGGGCUCUCUCAGGGUAGGUUGAACGAGAUAAAGGGCGUUUCGAAAAUAGUGAUCGGCGACGAGCUGUGCGCCAAGAUAAACAGACAGGAGAGAUUGGUGUUCGAGGACAAUGAGAUUCAUAUUGUCGGUAGAUCUGGACAGAAUAAAGUGCUCAAGGAGCAGGUCGAACUGAGACCUGGCAUCCAGCAGCUGGACAAGAAGAACGUGGUUCUCCACGACGUGAACAACGUGCCCAUCCAGCUAUACUUCGACACCUCCAAGGACGCCAGAUGCUUCGUGGACAGCGAACGCCUGAACUCCCCGCUCAGCGAGAAGUCCUCGAUAAAGACCAAGCUGCUGCGGCUGCUCGGCAAGAGGUCGAGCAGGGAGUUCCUGGUCGAGAAGGGCAUCUACAUGAACGAGUCGAUAUUCGGCAACACCAUCCAGAACAUCUACCAGAUGCACGACUGCGUGCCGGAGUUCCUCACCAAGUCGAUACAGCUGAUCGAGAUGCCGAGCAACAUAAGCCAGGUGGGCAUAUACAGGACGUCCGGCAACCUGGCCACCAUACAGAAGAUAAGGUUCGAGGUGGACAAGGGCAACCUGAGUAUUCUGGAUCAGUAUUACGAGGACGUGGACGUGCUGACGGGGGCCCUGAAGCUGUUCUUUCGCGAGCUCAAGGAGCCCCUUAUACCUAUAAAUGUCAGCGAGGAGCUGCUGUCCUCUGCCGACAAAUCACCACGUUCUAUCGACCUGAUAGUUCGCAAACUGCCAAAGGCUAACUACGAAACGUUGAUAUGUCUCCUGAGGCAUUUACUGAACAUAAUAGAACACAAGGAAACGAAUAAAAUGGAUAUAUACAACAUGACGAUAUGCUGGGGACCAUCGUUAAUGUUCGUACCUGACAAUUGCGUCGACAUCAUGGCGCAGUCUUCCAGCAACAGCAAAGUAUUGGAUCUCCUCCUCAACCAUUACAAGGACCACCCGAAAGAUCUCUCUAGAAGCUUAGAACAAAUCGACAUUAAAAGUAGGAUCGAAGCGAAACAUUGGAAAGAGAUGGAACCCCUGAAAGGACACAAAAAAAGUUCUAGUUGUAGCAGUAUUAACGAUGUAGCCUACGAUGUCAUCACGAAAAUGGUGGAUCUGGUGGAGGCGAACGCCAAAACGGAGGGUAUCUACAAGAAGACCGGUUCGCAGGUGAAGAUCGACAAGAUCUCGAAGAAACUGGCCAAGAACAAGCUGAACGAGCUGGAGAAGAUCAAGGCGGACAUACACGACUUCGCUGGGGCGCUCAGGAAGUACAUAAACGACCUGUCCGAACCGUUGAUACCAAAGGAAUACUUCGAAGAAUGUAACUGUGAUAAUUUCAACCACAACCUGGUGAAACAAAAGUUGAAGAAGAACGUGGACACGGUCAAGAGAAAAGAGGUGCUGACCAUCCUCCUCAGGCACAUGGUCCGUAUACUGCACGAGGAGAAGUCCAACAAGACCACCCUGAGCGACGUGUGCUCCUACUGGAGGAACGUCCUGAUCAAGACCAACCAGGACGACAAGACCAAGACCAGACUGAUGGAGGCGCUCCUGGAGGUAUACGGCGACUACAGGGCGACGCCGUCCCACGUCGAGACGCACAACCCGAUGCCGGACGUCAUCAAGGACAUCGAGGCGAUGGCCCGUUUCAGCAAGUACGACAACGUCCACCUGUCGCAGCAGAUGAGGUUCGCGAGCAGGGGCGAGGCGAAGAUACUGGAGGAAAAGACUGAGAACGACGAGAAGAAAUGAACUGGUCGCGCUUGUACAUACUUUUUAAGGUCGAGGACGCGAGGGGGGUUCUUCUACGACUCUCGAAAUUGUUAUGGUUUCGUUUUUUAAUAAGAUUUUGAAGAGGUGCAAUUGUUGAUUCGUUUUAUUUGUUCGAUGCGAAGGUGUGGAGUGUAUCUUCGAAUGAUGCUUCCUAUUUUGUUGCUGAAGACAUUGGAAAGUUGGGAUUUCCCACCAUUUUUCCAUAAUUCCCCUGCUCAAUAUUUUCUUCCAUCAAAUUUAAUAUACAACCUAUAAUAUCAUCCAGAUUUUCGUGCAGAACUGGAGGAUUCCCCGAAAAGGUCUCCUCUUCUGUAACGAUCAAUCAUAUCCACCCAAAUUCUUCUCUGAAGUUGGCCUAAUAUCCCCGAAGACUUGUAUAAAACAAUUUAAACGAUUCGAGAUAUUCUACAUAGGGUUCGAAGAAUUUUUUCCAAGUCUCUAUUCUUAUUCGAACGAAAAUGUACAGGAUGAUUCCGAACAAACAAUUCGAGAUCUCAAGAUUCGUCAUGAACCUAUGAGAGGCUGCAAACUACGAAAGAGCUGAACAGACACGCAGAAAAAGUAUUAUAAUGGCCACUUUGUACAAGCAAUUAUGUAUAUUUGCCAGCUCGAACUGGUAAUUAUGUAUAAUCAACAGUUAAAACUGUCAGUUAUGUAUAAUUAACAGUUAAAACUGUCAAUUAUGUGUAAUUGUCAGUUAAAGCUGCCAAUUAUGUAUAAUUAUCAGUUAAAACUGACAAUGAUUCAGUUAAAACUGACAAUUAUACAUAAUUGGCAGUUAAAACUGUCUAUUAUGUAUAAUUAUCAGUUAAGACUGAUAGUGAUAUGUAUAAUUAUCAGUUAAAACUGAUAAUUAUAUUUAUAAUUGUCAGUUAAAACGGACAAUUAUGUAUAAUUGUCAGUUAAAACUGGCAAUUAUGUAUAAUUAUGGUAUUUUUCUGCAUGUCUGCACACCGCUUUCCUGACACCUUGCUUGAGUGCGUUUUUAAACUGUUGAAUAUGUGUAUAGUUAUUUAUUAAAGGAUAUUUUAAAUAUUUCAAUAUAAGUUGAAAGUAAGUUGAAUUUAGAUUGCAUAAUUUAUUGGAUAGUUGAAUAAUUGAGCGUCUAUUUAAGUGUUGAAGUUCUCGCCUUAUUUUGUUCACCUAAGAUUGCAAUAAAAAUUAUUUUGUUGAUUCGAUGUUGAAAUUCCGUUUGAUUGAAAUUGUUGAAGUGAUUAGAGGCUCCCCGAGGUAUUGGGGGAUUUUAGCAAUGUAUUUUUUAUACCCCGAAAUUUAUAAAUAUUAUAAAGUUAGUUUCGUAAAUAUCUUGAAGCUUGCCAAAAAUUGAGAAGUGAAUAUUUUAUUAAGGACUGUUAGUUUUAGAUUGUAAUCAUUCCUCAGAUGUAAAGAUGGUCACAUUCGAUUUGUAUCGUAAUGUGAAUGAUAUUUUAGUGAUAAAAAUGAAUGUGAUAUUGCAAAGGGUUUUCGAACGUUUGCGAAUAUUGUGGAAUUUUUAAUUUGCAUCAGUGUACACUAGAUCUCCGAAAAGAUUCGAAACGAGAAGAACAAAACACAAGAGGAUGAUAUUUCAUGAAUAAAGUGAAGAUAAUACUCAAUUUAACUCCACACGAACGUGAUGCCUUGUGUAAUCCAGCCAAAUUUCGAGAAACGGUGAAGUCAGAUUCAGAUCGAAUAUGUAUAAUUUAGAAUUUUUCUGAUCAGAUUGAAUUCGAUGGGCUUUACGUGUAUUUAUAUAGGAUCAAAGGUACGUUUCAUCUGAAAAUCCCGAAGAACGAAAUGUAAAUAAGGUAUAUUUCUAAUAUAUGAAUUGGAUAAACUAGCUUAGUAGUGCCUUUAGAUGUCCCGCUAUAUAUUUAUACCUUGCCAAGAAAUCAUUCCAACUUUAAAUGUUUAUAUAUACUGAACGUAUUUAAUAUUCGAUCCUGUAUUUUUAUUUGAAUAAAUCUUAUAUUUACAUUUCCCAAAA